CAUACCACACAUUGCAAUGAUGGCGAGGCAAAGAAUGACUGACUGCCUUUUCUAACUUUUAUUUUCUGUCUGGUUCUUUUACUAAGUUUUUGCAAAUUAUGUGCUCUACGAAAUGAGGAGAACAGGAAGGUUUCUUCAUUCCUUGUAGGCUGUUUUGGUUUUAGUUCUCAUGUCUUAUGGCUUAUUUUAACCGUUUCCUUGUUCUGGGGUAAUAAGCAAGCGGACCAACCUGACAUUGGACCGUAUGCUAUCUUUUAGCUUUAUUUUGAUCCAUAGAAAAGGGCGGUGUGAAUCCCUGAAACUAAGGAAAAGCCGUAGCCAGUGUCAAACAUAUGAAGACUAGAAUUCCUCUCACAACGCACCUACCCUUGACCCCAGGAAAGGGUCCCUGAUAUCGAGGGACUACCAAAGUACCCAUUAAUCUAUGACCCAUCAUGUUUUCUCUUUUCCCUUUACCCCGUCUCCUACUUUUGCUCACAAGACCAAUAUUUUUUUUAUGUCCUCAUGAUUUUGUUAAAUACUGUCAUGAUUUUGAACAUUAAGCGCUGUACUAAGUCAAGUCUUUCUAAGCAAUGGAGAAGGUGAGUUGGAAACUCCUUUCACAUGGGCUAGCAGAGACUCUUGGCCCAUCCUGUAGAAAGUCUCUUUCCCAAGUCUUCUUGUAUCUUAUUUCCAAGUCAACUGCCGUGCUAAGCAGAUAAAAGAGAGAAAACAUGGUUUAAAGGGAGAGGAGGAUUACCCUGUUGCCGUCGGUAUAGUGCCAAUGCUUUUAUUGUUGAAUUGGGGAUUUCGCAUGGGAUCUGUUUCUUUUCUAGUUCUAUUUCUUCUCUCUCACUCUGUGCUUCUUUCUUCUGCUGAAGAAGAAAGGAAACAGCCUCCAACUUGUCCACCCUUUGACUGUGAAAAACUGGGCCGACUUCACUUUCCCUUCAAAAAUGAAACAAACUCAGAAUGCGGAUUGUGCACAAUAGAACGAUGUACUGAAGAGCUUCCACGGAUCCAACUGGAAAGGGGCGGAAGAUAUUUUGGGGUGAAAAACAUCUCUCAGGCUGAUACCAUUGUAAUUCAAGAUGAUUUGCUUAAAGAGUACUUGCAACGCAACAUAUGUAAAUUCAUCGACAACUUAACUUCUUCCCUUUCUCCUUCUGUUUCUUUCACACCAGUACCCACUCUAACCGCAACUUCUUCCCUUUCUCCUUCCGUUUCUUUCGCACCAGUACCCACCCUAACUGUACUGACCCUGUUCAAAUGCCACCGUAAUCACAAUAUUGACCCUAUUACAGAGUAUAAUUAUACCAGAUGUCAUGACUUCAUCAUCUACUAUAAUCAACCAAAUACUUCCAUUCCUCCACCUCCACCUCCACCUCACUGUUCAAUUAUCCAGUAUCCAGUAAACAUGAAUUUAGAUAUCGCUGAUCUGUUUCCCCUGUUGACUUCUGAUAUCACUCUUCAAGUGCUUGUGUCCCCAGGCUGUUGGCGUUGUCACCAUCGAACAGGCCAAUGCCAAGAUGAUGGAAAGGGAAAAUUCCAUUGUGCACAUGUAAAAGGGAAUGAAAAGCGACUGAAGCUAGCCCUAGGAUUAGGUAUCAGUGCUGGAAGCAUUACCAUCUUAAUAAUUUGUUUCUUUAUCAUCUGGCAGAGCCAUAAGAGGGAGUAUGCUCCAACUUUCCUCUCAAGGAACACUUCUUCAGAUCCCUCUUCAAAAUCAGAGUUGGAAAUAACGGGGGCGUAUUUUGGCAUCCCCAUUUUCCCCUACACUGAACUUGAAGAAGCCACUAAUUAUUUUGACCCUGAUAGAGAAAUUGGAGAUGGAGGUUUUGGAACUGUAUACCAUGGACAACUGCGAGAUGGGCGAGAGGUUGCUGUCAAGCGCCUAUACGAGAACAAUUACAGGCGGGUUGAACAGUUCAUGAAUGAAGUUAAAAUCCUCACUCGUUUACGCCACCGGAAUCUUGUCUCCCUUUACGGCUGCACCUCACGCCACAGCCGUGAACUCCUUCUGGUUUACGAAUUUAUUCCCAAUGGCACAGUCGCUGAUCAUCUCCACGGGGAUCGAGCAGAUUCAGGCUUACUCACAUGGCCUAUCCGAUUGAGUAUUGCCAUAGAAACUGCCACCGCAUUAAGUUAUCUCCAUGCUUCUGAUGUUGUACACCGGGACGUGAAAACUAACAACAUUCUCCUAGACAAUAGUUUCUGUGUUAAAGUCGCAGAUUUCGGGCUUUCACGACUCUUCCCCACCGAUGUUACUCAUGUCUCAACCGCUCCACAAGGGACUCCCGGCUAUGUUGAUCCAGAAUAUCACCAAUGUUACCAGCUUACAGAUAAGAGCGAUGUUUACAGCUUUGGGGUUGUCCUUAUUGAACUCAUAUCAUCACUGCCUGCUGUAGACAUUAGUAGGCACAGGCAUGAGAUCAAUUUGUCUAACUACGCUAUAAACAAGAUACAAAAAUGUGCAUUUCACGAGCUGAUAGACCCGCAUCUUGGAUUCAAUUCAGAUCUUGCGGUUAAUAGGAUGACUACUCUGGUGGCAGAAUUGGCCUUUCGCUGUCUGCAACCUGAUAAGGAAAUGAGGCCUUCCAUGGAUGAAGUCUUGGAGAUUUUGAAGGAAAUUGAGAGUGACAAGCAUGAAUUGGAGAACAUGGACACAGCAGCGGACAGUUUUGGAUCUUCGAUGCGUAAGCCGCCAUCACCUUCACCAGAUUGUGAUGAAGUGGGGUUGUUGAAAAGUGUCCAGCUGAUGCCAUCACCAGAUACUGUGAUCGCUCAAUGGCCCAGUAGGUCUACUACACCAAGCGCCAGUGCUUAACGUUUCCCUUAGUAUUUUGCUUAUUUUCCGAAGGAGAUGCUAAAAAUAUGUGAAACAUGUGACCAGAUGUAAAUGAAAGGGUUAAUGUUCUUUCUCAUCUUCCUAUCUUUGUUUUGUUGUCCAUGUACCAGAGAUGAAUCUCAGAUUCAUUGUCUACUGGAUUUAAGGUCUGAGGGGAAUAUACCAAGUUAAAGAAGCUGCCAUUGA